AUGCAUGCCUGCGCAAGAGGCCACAGCAACAUCAUACGUUUGCUAUUGACAGCCGGUGCUGACACAAACGCAAGGGACAUGAACGGCGAUACAGCCCUUCUGGUUGCAACUUAUGAAGGUCAGGCUGAAGUGGUCCGCUUGCUGCUAGAUGCUCGGCCUGGCAUGGUUCUCCCGGGAUUCUCUAGCGCGACAGCAUUGAUUGAGGCAUCUGAACGAGGCUUCCAGGAAAUUGUGUGCUUGUUGUUGAAUGCCGGGGUUGACAAGAACUUUGUCGACUACCGUGGCUUGACAGCUCUCCUUGCGGCAUCGUAUGCUGGCCAAGUCGAUGUUGUACGUUCACUGCUGGAGGCUCGCGCAGACAGACGUGUGCGAGACGAACACGGGCGUGGAAGACCAGCAAUUGUUCGUGCCUCUGAGAGAGGCUACACGGAGAUCGUGCGCUUGCUGUGGCAGGAUAGUAUGCCACGUGCGAGUAGUAGUCUUGCAGCCAUAGGGGAAGCCGAGGAUACCCAAGCAGAGGCCCACCGCUUGCCUCGCUUGCACGAUUUGCCCGCAGGCUUGUGCCAGCUGCUGCGGAGAUGCAGCCAUUUACUAAGCGACUUCCGAGUAGGUGAGUCCACGGACUGUGGUGAACAGGAAUGCGCGGCUGCAAAUGAGCAGAUCCGGUUUGCAGCUGCGCGUGGUCAGGCUGGGGUUGUUCGGGCUCUACUGCACGCACGUGCCGACAAGGAUACGCAGGACUGUUUCGGCAAGACUGCACUGACGAUGGCAGCCGAGAAGGCUCACACUGACGUCGUGGAGUUGCUGUUGGCAUGCGAAGCAGACAGGGACAUUCCGGACAUCAACGGCCAAACGGCCCUCAUGCAUGCCUGCGGAAGAGGCCAUAGCAACAUCAUACAUUUGCUAUUGAGAGCCGGUGCUGACACAAACGCAAGGGACAUGAACGGCGAUACAGCCCUUCUGGUUGCAACUUAUGAAGGUCAGGCUGAAGUGGUCCGCUUGCUGCUAGAUGCUACGGCUGAUGCGAAUGCCCCAGGGUACUACGGUGCUACAGCCUUGAUUCAGGCCUGUGAACAGGGCAAUCUCGAAAUUGUUCGCUCGCUGCUGAACGCGGGUGUUGACACAGACUUUGUGAAUUACCAUGGCUUAACUGCCCUCCUUGUCGCAUCUUACACCGACCAUGUCGAGAUUGCACGUUUGCUGUUGGAGGCUCGUGCAGACAAGAACAUCAGAGACGAGUAUGGGGGUGGCGCAACAGCUCUGGUUCGCGCUUCUGAGCGCGGCUAUGCCGAGAUCGCACAGUUGCUGCAGCGGGAGGACGUUCCAAGAAGUUCCAUCUCCCCAGCUGUCCCUCAACCUGACCACUAUGCGGCAGACCAAGUCCAGAGGAUUUCUGCGCCAAAGCCCAGGAAGACGAGUCUGACAUUUCCAGCUCUAGCAUCACUGGUGGCUGGGACGCUCCUGUUGGCUGCAUGGCUUUUCAUCUUGGUGCGACUGCUGCGCCCUUCUAUCAUGUGGUCUAAGGUGGGCUUCAUUCUAUUGGCUUCUCAAGAGUCAUAA